UAUAUGGUCAAAACGAUUUCGCAAUACUUGGAGCAGCAACAAAACAUACACAAGACUUCAUCAACUAACUUAUUUGGUCAACGAAAAAUACGGACAUUUACUCCCAACUUUUUAUACUUUUGAUGGGCAAUUGACGACACCUUAAAAAAAGCAGACAAGGUAACGUCGUUGAUUUGACUCCCAGUAACUCUACAGUCUACAGGAGUGCAUCCAGACACCCAUUCAUCCAGAGUGCCACCCAACCAGCACGCCAGUCAUAGCAGACGGACAGUGAGGCGAGCGGUCAGCAGAUCCGAACCAAAUGAGCAAGAGGUCGCAGCAGACGAUAAACACGGAGCAGAACAGGGGGACUGUUAGUGUGAUCCAGGGCCAGGCUAGUGGAGCAACAACAACAACAUCAAGACCACCAGGAGGAAGCUUACAGCUGGUACCCCAGCUAGUCCCUGCCACCCCAGCUGAAGGAGGAGGAGGAGGAGGCAAGGCCAAGAUGAAGAAGACGUCGGGGGACAAGGACAGUGAUGAGUACCGUCAGCGGCGGGAAAGGAACAACCUGGCGGUUAAGAAGAGCAGGAUGAGAUCCAAGCAGAAGGCCCAAGACACGCAGCAACGUGUCAACGAGCUGAAAGAGGAGAACGAGAGGCUGGAGGCCAAGAUCAAGCUGCUCAGCAAAGAGCUGUCUGUCCUCAAGGACCUCUUCCUGGAACACGCCCACAACCUGGCCGACAACGUCCAAGCGCCUGGCGCGGAGGGUGCCAGCCCCGCCCACAACAACAACAACAACAACAAUGGGGCGUGUAACAACAACAACAGCCAGUGAGAAGAGGGCAGGGACAUGAAAUAUGAUACCUCAUGGUUGAGUGCUUCCCAAAUGGCACCCUAAUUCCCCAUAGGGCCCUGGUCUAAAGUAGUGCACUAUGAAGGGAAUAGGGUGCCAUUUUGAGUCAACCAGGGUGAUGGUAAAUAGACAGCUCGCCACUGCUUCUAAACCAUACUGGAGUUUCUUCCUCUGGCUCCUCCCAGAGAUGAUAUAUACUGGCAGAGAGAUUUCACUGUUGUCUUCUUUAUGCGUUCAGACUUUAUUUUAUUUUUUUUUUUUUUUUUUUUACAAUUUGGAGACAUUUCUAAAGAGACCCUGUUGUGUUGAGUCACAAGAUAAACUAUUCACUAGUUAAGAUGAUGAUGUGGGUGAGGGGGGGGGAUAGUAUAUAUUUUAUUAUUUUGGUUUCUUGUUCCUUUUAAAAGAAUGUUUGGUGAACUAGCUACCAUUUUUGUCUGGCGUUUUUAGUAUUGUCAGUACAUUCACUACGGUUGAAGUUCAUCAGAAUGAUGCCUGUUUUUAUUUUUUUGGGAUGCGUCUGUUGGCUUCAGAUAUGCACACGUUGUACAUUUUUAUUUUUAAAUAUAUAUAUAUAUAUAUUUUGUUGUUGUGUCCUAAUCGAAUGGCUUUACUUCUGUUUUGAGCUGUUUUGGGUAGAAGAGGACUGUAAAUAUCAAGAGCCAAAUACAAAGAGGUAGGAUCGGAUCGGACCCAAAGCCUAACUUAAGAUCAGAACGCUUAAACCUUCUUUUUUCUUUUGCUCAAGACGUGUUGUUGACGUCAAAUGGGAGCUUUUCAUAAUCUCGAGUUAGGUUGCAGGCCUGUGUGAGAUACAGUCAGUCGCUGUGUUUAUUUACCCAUAGUUCCAACAGGCCUCAGACCAGCCCUUUCAGUCAGAGACCCAGAUAGACAGAGGUGGCGUCUCAAACAGAGCCCUGUUCCCUAGACGGUGCACUAGUUUCGACCCCUAUGUGGCGCCGGUCAAAAGAAAAAAGGUACAAAUGUAGUUCGCUAAAUAAGGAAUUGGGGUGCCAUUUGGGAUACAGACUGGGGGGGGCAGAGGUGUGUUCGCAGUUAAGGAGUGUCCCAGCCCAGACUAGACAGCCCAGACUAUCAUGCAACCUCCGUGGGAUUAAACUCCAGACGUUUCGCACGGCGUCACAGGCCGCCGCUAAUUCAAAGUUAAGCCUUUCUCCAAACCAACCCUAAAAACCUGGAGAGAAAGACAGAACAACAGGACAAUGAGCCAUUCUGUCUGUCUGGGCGUUGGGGAUGCUAAAUGACCUCCUAAUUGGCCCCGGCUCGCUAGAACAGAGCGAGGCACGUUGGCUCCCGCCUCCAGUGGUGUCAGGCUCAGACAGAGGCUCAGUCGGAGUCAGAAUGUGUAGAGAGAAAGGCAGGCUCAGUCAGAGGCUCAGUCAGAAUGUGUAGAAAGAAAGGCAGGCUCAGUCAGAGGCUCAGUCAGAAUGUGUAGAAAGAAAGGCAGGCUCAGUCAGAGGCUCAGUCAGAAUGUGUAGAAAGAAAGGCAGACACCAGAUUUUUUUGUGUGUGUGUGUUUUUUUUGUGUUGUUGACUUGAGUUAUUAUCCAGCUGUAGGAUUGUCUCUGAAAACAACGGCAUAUUCUGAUGUGAUGAGGAUGAUGAUGAUGAUGAUGAUGUAUCUGGCCAGAGGAGUCGACGUUGUCUGUUGAGUGUCUGUGAUUUAUAGGAUGCGUCCCCAAUGGCACCCUGUCCCCUAUUUUUAUUUUUAUAGUGCACUACUUUUUGAGUAGAGCCUUGUCAACAGGCAGUGCACUAUAUAUAACAUCUAGGGUGUCUCUUGGAGUGCUGUUGUAGACUUCUGUACCUCAGGCUACCAGUAUUACAUUAUUAUUAUUAUUAUUCCAUUAUUAUAGCCACACCAAACAGGGCCUUUUUCUUUCUCAACCUCUGAAGCAUCUUUUCAAAAAAAAAAUGGUAAUCUUUGUUUUUCUACAACCUGAUUUUUUUUUAAAGCAGCAUGAUGGAAGUGGUUUGCAUGGGGGGGGGGGUGCACUGUUCAAAUAUGUCUUAUUUUUUUGGCACUACAAAAAAAAGAGAAACAAUAUCAAAUAUGGGCAUAUUGAAACUAUUCUCUUCAACAUGUUGUGCUGUGUUGUUGAACAGAAGAUCACACUAAAUUGAAAAAAUAAUGUCAAAUUCAAUAGAAAAAAAUUUUGUACAAAAUUUUUGGGGGACAAAUUUGAUAAAUAUUUCCAUGAAUAUUUGUUUUGGUUUGAAUGUUGCUGGGCAGCAUUUUCUCUUAGCUAGACUUGCUCUUUUUUUAUAAGAUUAUAUUGGGGUAACGUGCAUUUUGUAAAUCAAAAUUGAGUACAAACUUUCAACCAAGCAUUUUGCUUUAUGUGUAAUCAAUGUUUUAUGGGAAUUGUAAACACACACUAGGCUGCAUCUCAAUUGAAUUUUUAUAAAAUAUUUUUUUUAUAUAUUAAAAAAUAAUUCAAGAAAGAUGGAAUAGAGCAGGAAUCAGGAACUAAAUUCAGCUGCCGAUUCUUUCUGGACGGAUGGUCAUGGGCUAGAACAUAAUUAAUAAAUAAUUUGUGGACUGCAAAUGAACCACAAGAAGCCCAUACUGAUAAUAUUUGACUACAUCAUAAUCAUUUCAAACCUUGGUUACAUUUGUAUAUAAAAGUAUUCACCCCCCCCCCCUUGGCAUUUUUCCUAUUUUGUUGCCUUACCUUACCUCAAAUUUAAAUAGAUUUUAUGGGGGUGGGUGGGGAGGGUUGUAUCCUUUGAUUUACACAACAUGCCUACCACUUUGAAGAUGCAAAAUGUUUUUUUUUAUUGUGAAACAAACAAGAAACAAGCGUGCAUAACCAUUAUACUAACUACUAUGCUUGUCAAUACUUUGUGGGAGCCACCUUUUGCAACAAUUACAGCUGCAAGUAUCUUGGGGUAUGUCUCUAUAAGCUUGGCACAUCAAGCCACUAGGAUAUUUGCCCAUUCUUCAAGACAAAACUGCUCCAGCUCCUUCAAGUUGGAUGGGUUCCGCUGGUGUGCAGCAAUCUUUAAGUCAUACCACAGAUUCUCAAUUGGAUUGAGGUCUGGGCUUUGACUAGGCCAUUCCAAGACAUUUAAAUGUUUCCCCUUAAACCACUCAAGUGUUGUUUUAGCAGUAUGCUUCGGGUCAUUGUCCUGCUGGAAGGUGAACCUCCGUCCCAGUCUCAAAUCUCUGGAAGACUGAAACAGGUUUCCCUCAAGAAUUUCCCUGUAUUUAGCACCAUCCAUCAUUCCUUCAAUUCUGACCAGUUUCCCAGUCCCUAACGAUGAAAAACAUCCCCACAGCAUGCUGCUGCUACCACCAUGCUUCACUGUGGGGAUGAUGUUCUCAGGGUGAUGAGAGGUGUUGGGUUUGUGCCAGACAACUUUUUCAUUGAUGGCCAAAAAGCUCCAUUUUAGUCUCAACUGACCAGAGUACCUUCUUCCAUAUGUUUGGGGAGUCUCCCACAGUACCUUCUUCCAUAUGUUUGGGGAGUCUCCCACAAUGAUCAUGUAUUUCUUUAAGCAAUGGCUUUUUUUCUGGCCACUCUUCCAAUAAAGCCCAGCUCUGUGGAGUGUACAGCUUAAAGUGGUCCUAUGGGCAGAUACUCCAAUCUCCGCUGUGGAGCUUUGCAGCUUCUUCAGGGUUAUCUUUGGUGUCUUUGUUGCCUCUGAUUAAUGUUCUCCUUGCCUGGGUUUUGUGCAGGUUUGUUGUGGUGCCAUAUUCUUUCCAUUUUUAUAAUAAUGGAUUUAAUGGUGCUCUGUGGGAUGUUCAAAGUUUAGGAUAUGGUUUUAUAACCCAACCCUGAUCUGUACUUCUCCACAACUUUGUCCCUGACCUGUUUGGAGAGCUCCUUGGUCUUCAUGGUGCCCCUUGCUUAGUGGUGUUGCAGACUCUGGGGCCUUUAGAACAGGUGUAUAUAUACUGAGAUCAUGUGACAGAUCAUGUGACACUUAGAUUGCACACAGGUGGAUGUUAUGUAACUAAUUAUGUGACUUCUGAAGGUAAUUGGUUGCAUCAGAUCUUAUUUAGUGGGGGGGGGGGAAUUAAGUAAUUAAUUAACAACAUAUUUUUGUCUUCACCAAUUUGGACUAUUUUUGUGUUUUGUCCGUUACAUGAAACCCAAAUAAAAAUCAAUUUUAAUU